UCUCCACCGCCGGGGCUCCCUCUGCUUUCUCGCGUCACGUGUCAAGUCGAGGGGCCCCAAUCAAUCUCGUGCUUCGCGCCCUGGCCCCUUCUUCCCUGCGCUCCGAAGUCCAGAGUGCUGUGUCCCCGGUUGCAUGAUCCCCAGCAGGGACGCUUACAGGGAUUCCAGAGAAAUCCUUUUGGGGAUUUAAUUUAGCCCUGACAUGCCACCUCCAACAGACAAAAGAAUAAACUAUACCCCUCCAGAUGGUGGAUGGGGAUGGGUGGUGGUAUUUGGAGCAUUCAUAUCCAUUGGAUUUUCAUAUGCUUUCCCUAAAAGCAUAACAGUUUUUUUCAAAGAAAUCCAGGGUUUCUUUGACACUUCAUACGGUCAGAUUGCAUGGAUUUCUUCAAUUAUGUUGGCUACUACCUAUGCUGUAGGCCCCAUUAGCAGUAUUUUAGUGAACCGGUUUGGUAGCCGACCAGUGGUGAUAUUUGGCGGGCUGCUCUGUGGCACAGGGAUGAUCUCUGCUUCCUUCUGCACAAGCAUUUUUCAGCUGUAUAUUUGUGCUGGAUUUAUCACAGGGCUUGGCCUUGCCCUUAACCUCCAGCCUUCUGUGAUCAUCGUUGGAAAGUACUUCCUGAAACGACGACCACUUGCCAAUGGCCUUGCCAUGGCAGGAAGCCCUGUCAUGCUGUGUACACUUGCCCCUAUGAACCAGCUCCUUUUUGACAACUUUGGUUGGAGAGGGAGCUUUUUUAUUCUGGGGGCAAUUCUACUGAACUGCUGUGUGGCUGGAGCUCUCUUUAGACCCAUUGGAGCAGCAACAGGCCCUGCUAAGAGCCCAAAAGAGAGGCCAGCUGUAGUGACUCCAGAAGAACAGCUGGAAACAGGAAAAGCUGGGCUUGACAAUGAAGAGAGGGAGGACAGAGACUGUUGUGAAAAUUUUAACAAGUACCUUGAUUUAUCCCUUUUCAAACACAGAGGCUUCCUGAUAUAUUUGAUAGGAAAUGUGCUCAUGUUUCUGGGAUUUUUUGCCCCAAUUGUUUUUUUGGCUCCUUAUGGGAAGCACCUUGGAAUUGAUGAAUAUUCUGCAGCUUUCCUCCUCUCUAUUCUUGCCAUGGUGGAUAUGGUAGCCAGACCGGUUACAGGACUCGUUGCUAACAGCAGAUGGGUGAGGCCAAAGAUCCAAUAUUUUUUCAGCUUCUCCAUUAUUUUUAAUGGUGUCUGCCAUCUCCUGUGCCCUUUAGCAACAGGCUACUCAGGUCUAGUAGUGUAUUCAGUGUUUUACGGCUUGGCUUUUGGAAUGGUUUGUGCAAUGCUGUUUGAAACCCUCAUGGACCUUGUUGGUGCCAGCCGAUUUACAAGUGCUGUAGGACUGGUCACCAUAGUGGAAUGUUUUACCAUACUGCUUGGGCCACCUCUUGGAGGAACCAUUAUUGAUAUUUCUGGGGAAUACAAAUACAUGUUCAUUAAAUGUGGUUGUGUGAUGAUCUUGGCUGGAUUGUUCCUGUUCAUCAUGAAUUACUACAAUUACAGGAUGCUUGCAAAAGAAGAGAAAGGGAAAAAAUGUGAAGUGCCAAAUGUGAUGAACACCUAAGGACAGAAAGAAAGGAGGGCAAUAUCCAGAACCCAAAACUUACACAGGAUGGCCCUGAAACAGUCCCUCUAAAAAUGGAAAAGGCAUAAAGAAAGAUGCUGAGAGCACAAAUGAGUCCUAAGCUUGUUUUAUAAGCCUCUGACCUGGAAACAGGUCUUUUGUGUUUGUUUCUUAAAGUGACCAUAAGUGAAUCAUAUGAAAUUUCUGUUCUGCCUUUAUAUACUACAUUUAUCUCUAGAAUAAAGUUAUAGUCCAGUGGCA